AUGCAUCUUCUCCCGUCGAUUCUCAUACUAUCCUGCAUCCUACUCCACAUAGGCGCCGAUUUCCGUCCAUGUCCCUACAUGACACCAGAAUGCCGGUCAAAAAUGUUAGAGUUAAGAUCUCUCUUGACAUUCUUCCCCGACUUAUAUUACCCUCCACCACUGGAUAUGUACAAUCUGACUAAGUUGCUGUGCCAGGAAACAGAGUCUUGUCUUUCUCGUUGCGGGGCUUUGGAAGACUACCGGAACGCUUGUGAGUCUUUUGGUACUCAAGUACAUCAGUUCGAAUCACUAUGCGUCAAAGGUGCAUUGGAGGACACAGAUCCAUUAUUAAAAAAGAAAGUGUUCACUGAAGGCAAGGGUUGCUUCCUAAAUAUUUCAGAUCUUCACGACUGCAAAACAUACAUGCCAUUAAAAUACGACAUCCUAAUGUCCCAAUACCUUACUCCCUCAGAAGAUGGAAAAUGCAAUACUCCUUACGACAAGUUCCAGAAGUUUCAAUGCGAAGUGUUGCUAUGGAAAUUUGAUUUAACAAUUAAAACUAUGUAUGAUAAGAACUCACUCAACGCAACAAUGUUAGCUGAGAUGGCGCAGAGAAGCCAGAACUGUAUCGAUAACACCUGUCUGAUGAAACCUAUGAAAACCGGAAAGAUGAUGAAAUUGUUCAAUAAAACUUCGUUUUAA